AUGAAUUCCACAAACAAUUUGACCUACUUGCUAAUUGGCGCAGGCACGGCUAUUGGCACAUACCGUGUGCUGUCGCAUAUAUUCGAGCAGUCCUCCCACGAAUUCUGCUCGCUGACAAGUCCGACGGCACCGGCAAUGCCGCCGGUGACGCAGCGAGCAAAGCGGCAUGCAUGGUACGGUUCAUGGAGCGACGGUAGCAACAAGGGCAUAGACAUGCAGGCGCUAGACCUCGACGCCCUGGGCCAGCUGGCCAUGUCCAGCAACUACAAAUUGCGCACCGCCGCCAGCGACCUGCUGUUUGACCGUGCAAUGACCAAGGAAAUGCUCCUGCUCAUAUCCUCCAGGCUGACUGGUGAGGACGCCGACGAGCAGCUAGCAGUGGUAAAGGUUGCUCAGAUUCUCGCACAGACCCCGGGACGAAGGCCGCGCAUGGCAUCGGUGGGCGUUUUGGGUUCUCUGGUAACAUGCCUGCGCGAGGGCGGGAGCAAGGAGCUGAGGCAGCGGGCUGCAUCGGCCAUUUUUGAUAUCCUGAACCACCACGACGCGAAGCAGGCCGACAAGUUCCGUCGCAAGGCAGCGCAUGCCGGGCUGCUGCCGAUUCUGCGCGACACCAUGGUCAAGGACUCGAACGACGCGUCGGUGAACCUGACGCUGGUCGGGCUGUGCGCCAUGAUCACGCAGCUCUACGCGUUGCGGACAGCGUUCCACCGCGACAUGAUCGACCUGGGGUUCCUGCCGGGGCUGCUGGGCGUGGCCAAGAAGGGCAUUGCUGAUUUGGCGCUGCUGCGCGUCGUCAUGGAAAGCAUUGUCCGCCUGUGCACCUACCUGAGCACGCAUCGCACGUCGCUGACGGACCUGAACGAGCCCAACCCACACAUGGUCCAGCUUCUGGAGCAGGGGGCUGUGGACGUCGUUGCUGCGUGCAUUCGCCAGGACGACCAGGGCGUGUCCUCGUGGGGCAUUGGUCUGCUGCACGAGUUUGUAUCGCGCAAUGUCGGCAAGGACGAGCUGGCAGCGAGCCCCAAUAUCGUGCGCUGGCUGUGCCGCAACCUGUCGACGGCAAAGUACGCUUAUACGAACCAGCUGAUUCUGCGGUCGCUGUGGUGCCUGUGCCUCGCCAGCAAGGCAGCGCAUGCCGACCUGGCGCAGCCGCCGAACCUGCGCCGUGUGCUGACCAUCUUCUCCAUGGAUGGCGACGUCGAAUCGCACUACUGGGCCAUCGCGCUUGUCAGCAAGGUUUCCGCCUCCAGCGCGACGCACAAGUGGAUUCUGGGCAGCCCGUUCUCCAAGGUCAUUAUAGCGCUGGUCAACAACAUGGGCCGCAGCUUCCGUACCACGCUGCUGCCCGAGCUAUCAGCCAUCAUCGCCCGGCUGACCCACUGCAUUGAUACAGCGCCGCUGCUGGCAAGAUACCCAGAACUGGCGCGCGCGUGCAAGAUGCUGUUAGCAGCAGAGAUCCCGUCGGCCAAGUCGUCGGCCAUCAUGUCCAUCAUCAAUGCCACCGCGACGUCGCAUCAGUUUAUGAGGCUGGUUGCCGACGCUGAAGCGGUCGAGAUACUGAUGGACAUGAUGGCGGACAACAGCGAGGAGCAGUCGCAGAACUACGCAGCCAAGGGGCUGACGGCGCUUUUGUACUCGAGGCGGCUCGAUACCGAGUCGCUGGUUGAUGCCAGCCGGCUGUUCUUGGCCAGCCUGAAUGAGAGCUACAAGAUCACAAUCGACGCAUACUUCCGGCAUAGCAGCUGGCGCGACCCAGUCGAGUGGGGCGCAAAAACCUUUGGCCUGUACCUGUCCACGGCCAGCGUGCUCAUGUCGCCUAUCCAGGUUCUGGUCAGCGAGGCCGGUACAGAUGAUGUGCGGGUACUCGAUACGCUGGCUGAGAUCAUGACGCUGCAAAAGAACCUGCUGGCAUUUCUGGCCAUCUAUAUAAUGCACGCGCUGGAUCUGGGCAGGUCGUCGGAGCGCUCGGCGAGCUUGUGGAGCGACAUGCCGCCUGAGCUGCUGCUGGCGCUCUGUGCUGAGAUCAAAACGAGGAGAGGCCGCGAGGAGUGCGCAAGAGUCGGUGUCAAUACUGUAGUCACGGCGUAUUACAUCAACCGCAAGAGCGACCCGCACUUUUGCGCUGCAGUCGCAGAUAACACUAGGCUAUUGCGCAAUGACGAUUUGACACCAUUCGUUCUGCCGACUCCAAAGCAGGAGCCGGCACCGUGGACUGCUGGCGGCAGCAUGGCGUGGCCAAAGUCGAAUGGCGGGUUUGAAGGCGAGAUGGCCAGUGCGCGCAUGCGGUGCUUGAUUCCAGUGAUGUCUGCUGUGGUGUGCACGCUGGCAGACUCGCUGGCUGUGGGUCUUGUGGUGCAGUCCCCGGUGGUGACGCAGCGCGCGGUCUGGCUCGCUCGCAUCAUCUACCAGGACUUCCCCCUAAUGCGCGGUAUCAUCAUGCGUCUGUGCGCCACCAUUAACCUAGACACGCUCAAUUCUGUGGAUGCUGCCAGUGUACUGGCAAUGUGCCAGGACUUUGUCAUGCAUGGAAGCAGGUUUGACGAGGUGGCACACAACAGGGACGGCAAUGAGGAUGAGGACUGGCGCUCAUGGCUGGCCAAGAUCUCGCACAUGGGGCUGAGCGACGAAGCCGACUUGCUGCCAGUCGAAUAUUUCAUCAAGCACCCCGAGAUCAAGCCCUCGCAGGUUGCAGAGCUUGGCCGGUUUUAUGCCCAGUACGCCCUAGACCGGUACGUGGCGGGCUGGGACUCGUGUCUGAGGGUUUUCCGUGGGAUUGCGCCGCCAUGCGCAACGGCCACGCCCGAGUCGUGCUGGGCCGCCGAUCGGUCCGGACCCCGCGGAGAACCAAAGGACCAGUGCGACGAUGUCCGUGCGAUGGCCCAGGUUGCCAGCACGAGCAAUAGCGCGCUGGUGCGGAUCAAUAGACCGCCGUCGCCGUUCCCGACCGUUGCGUCGGUGAUAGCCAGCCCAGCAGAAAUGGCUGUUGCUACGCCCAAGCCAUCAGCGUCUGCGUUGCCAGCGGGCCCCGUGUUCACAACACAGGACCCGUUCUACCCGUGCUUCGAGGUUCUGGCUAAUGGGCGCACGGUCUGGAACGCAAGCCCUAAAUUCGAGUCCGUCCGCAUGCGCACGGGUAUUGACGGGCGCCAGGGCGGCGUCCACCGCUUCUCGGCAAGGCUGCUGACCGGCGGGCUGGUCCAAAUUGGGUGGUGCACCGAGCACUGCGUGUUCUACCCGGAGAGCGGGCAGGGCGUUGGCGACGACUAUGAGUCUGUUGCGUAUGACGGAUCCAGAUGCCGCAAGUGGUUCGGUAUUGCCGAGGAGAAUGAGUACGGCGAAGCCUGGGAUGCGGGAGACGUUGUCUGCGUCGAGCUCGACCUGGACCUGGACCGGGUGGUGUUCUAUCGAAACGGGCACUCCAUGGGCGUUGCAUUCGGGGUCAACGAGUUUGGCACCAUGGAAGGCGCUUCCUGUGGAUUCCAGGGCCUGCCAAAGGACCGGAUCUGGUACCCAGCGGCAUCGCUGGCGACGGCCCAGGGCAUCGAGUUCCUCGGGAUGGAGGCGACAAGUGUGCCGCCAGCACCGGCCCAGCCGCCAAUUGGCGAUGCCCUCAAGGCGUUCAGGAUCAAGAUCGAGUUUGAGGACCUGGACUCGUUCCCUUACAUUACACUGGCGCUUCCUGGAAGCCACGGUCAGAUCAUCGUGGCCCCGGUGGUGGAUCCGCGCGACCUGUCGACCUACUUGCAGCCGCAGUGGUGGGCCCUCUGGGUUCCGCCCAAAGACAGCAUUGCCGGGGAAAGAGCUGACGAGCCGGCAUCCAGGCUGUCGCGCUGGUUUGCGCACCAAGUGACCGGGGCCAUGGCGGCCACGGCUGACGGCGAGCAGUGCCACGGAGCAGUGCUUGGCACCAGCCCAGAGUGGACAUGCUUUGCGGUCCUGCGCAGCGGCAAUGUAUGUGUGUCUGCUGGAGAGACACAGGUGGUCCUGGACACCGGCAUGCAAGACGAUGCCCUGAGCACCAUGGGCCAUGUGUGGCUGCCCAAGGUCAGCAGCGCCAUCGUGCGGUUCGAGCUCCAUACUAUGUGA